CUUGGCCGCUAUGGGAAGUUGAGCAUGUCGCAGCGCAAAGCAGUUUACGCUGCUCGCUUUCUCAGGCCGCCCAGUUGGACCAAGCGGCUCUUGCUGCGAGAGAAGCCUCGGGACCUCACAGGCCCCUUUGAAAAUCCAGUGCGACGCUGGGUGAGACUGCGAGAGAAGGCGCGGCAGUUCGCAGAGCUGCCACCGCCGCGGAAGGUGCCGGUGCCGAAGCCCGCCAGGCGACCCUUCCUGCAGGCUGUGGACGGUGUUCCACGAGUGAGUCCUCAGGCGCUUCAGAGGCGGCUGGAUUUUCUGCUGUCGGAGAAUGCUGUCAAACAGCAGAUGGCAGCUCCCCUUCUACCAGGGCCCCAAAUGAAGCCGUACUUCACGGAAUUUCAAUGUUGGAGCAGGCAACUUCGGGAGAUUCGCCGCAUCUAUCGCGCUCAAUAUCUGCAGAAGCUCGCAGAGGUCACUGAGAUCGAGCGGGCCAAAGAGGCAAAGUUGUACAGAGAGGAAAGAGAGAGGAGACAAGAAAGGAAACAGGCGCAUUUGCAGAGGAUUGGCGAGGAUAUGAAACGCCGUGCCAUCCUCCGCGACCGGAAACGCAUCGAAGGUAAGGUGAACGAGGCUAUCGAAAUGGCCCGCAGAUCAAAGUUGAAGAGACAACGCUUGUUCUGGUUCCGACGUAUGGAGACACUGUCAAAGCUUGCAGUGACCUCUGAGAAUCUGGACGAGGCAUUCGCAUCAUUUCCGGACUCGGCAAAGGUGGAUGGCACGGCCGCCAGUGGUGUCCUUCUGAGCCGCAACGUAUCCAUUCCGUAUCUCCUUCGACAGUUCGGUGGUGCAAAGGCAUUCCCGCCACAAAAGAACCGUCGUAUCCCUGGCAUUGACAACGUUCAAAGAGAGGUGAUGCAAAUGUCGUACGACAUCCUUGGCGAGGACGAAGAUCGCUAUGAGACCGAUGUGCCUGAAGAAGCGAAUUGGAGAACCAGAGCACAGCAGCUAUACAGCAAUGAGAUCUUCGACAGAGAAGCUCAUCCUACUGGAUCAGAAGAUUGAGAUCCUGAAAAAACAGUGAGCCUGGUUGUGAUUGUGAUUGACCAUGGUUAGUAACGGUUAGUGGCCGCAACUCCAUUCAGAAUCAUUCAGAUCCAGCGCAUGUUCAAACCCAUGUUCAAGCUGUAUUGAAUUGGCAUGAAUUGGCAAUGGCGUUUUGCACCAGUGCCAGGCAAGAGGAAGAGGAGAAGCGGGGUGUUGCUCAUGACGUUCGAUUCAUCACGACCAAGCUCCUUGAGGAGCUGCAAGCAGUGAAAAUUGCUGAAGCAGAGCAGGGUAAACGCGGCAGCUUGCAGGCGAAACAUAAGAGUGCCAGGGGCAAUGAUCCUUCAGGCAUGGAACCAUACAAACCAGGAUCGGGCACCACUUGAUUCAGAAAAAA